AUGGAAAAAACGCCAAUAGACUCACACUGCAAAACUUUGGACGUUGGGUUGCAUUUAGCAAAAACUUGGGGAUUAUUCGAAUUUAAUAAUGAACGACCAGGUAGAUAUAUUGCGAUAGUUGCGUUUCAAAUAUUCAAUUGGGUGAUGACGACAGCUCUUAUUAUUCUAAAUAUCGCUGAUUUCAUUGUUAAUUUUGAUGACCUGGGUGAAGUAUCCUACAAUUUGGGUUACAUAUUUCCAAUGCUGGCGGGAAUUAUAAAGGCUUUCACACUUCUCAAACACCAAAAAUCCAUUCGUAAGCUCCUUAAUGACAUUCAUGAACCUAUUACUAAAUUGAAAUACUCGUCAGAUCUAGGAGCUUUAACAACCAUAAAAAUGGGAGUAACCUACCAAAAUGUGGAUUUCAUUAUAUUUAGAAUUGCCGCGACACUUGUUGCGUCAACACUUAUAUUACCAUUACCAACAAUAUUGAAGACACGUCAAUUACCAAUCCGUGUUGUCGUUCCAUUUGAUAAAGACCCGGAUCCAAUAUUUGAAUUAGUAUAUAUUUUUGAACUUUACGGAUUAUUGACCGUAUGCAUGUGGACUGUAAUAUUCGACCCAAUGAUAAUGGGAUUCAUAAGAUGGAUUGACGUUCAAUCGAUUAUACUCAGAGCGAACUAUAGUCAUUGCAAUAAUCUCGAUAUAUCUCGUGCCACUUUUUCAAUGGAAGAACAAGACUACACAACAAUUAAAAACUACAAGUAUUUCGAAGUAACUCCAGAACAAAGAAAAAUUCGUGCAUUUAUACCUUUUUCAUCGGAAGAAGCUGAUGUUAAAAACGAUUCAUUUGUAAAAAGAUUUACACUUUGUGUUAAGCACCAUCGUCGAAUAAUAAACCUUAUCAAUAGAUUUAACAGUAUAUAUAGCGUUGUAUUGUUUGCCCAAAUAUCAUCAGAUUGUUUAUUGACAUGUAUUGGACUUUUUCAAAUGGCUUUAGCACUCAAGAAAAAAAGGAACAUUUUCCGAGAUAUUAUUAUGCUCGGAACUGGUUUGAUCCAUUUAUUCUAUUGGUCUAUUCUCGGAAAUCAAUUAAUUGUUGAGGACGAUAAAUUAUGGAAAUCUAUCUAUGCGUGCGGAUGGGAAAACAAUAUUGGGUCUGAAUCGAAGCAGCUUGUGUUGAAUGGAUUAAUACAAGGAUUGACUCCUUUGGAAAUGAAGGCUGGCUAUUUUUUUGUUUUCUCCAUGGAAACAUAUUUAUCGGUUAUACAAAAGUCUUACUCAUAUUUUGCGAUUCUCAACACUGUGAUGGAUGAGGAGGAAUAAAUAAUAUCAGAAGUUAUUAGACGAACAAUAUUAGAAACGAAUCAUGUAAUUUAAUAAAGAAGUUUCAGCACG